ACAAAAUCGAAGCGAAGAGGAAACACAAUCAAAAGUUUUAUCUAAUUUUAUAUUGACACGCGAAAUAUUAACAUUAAUUUAGCAUAAUUGUAAUAAAAACUUAACCUGGACGUUUUUGUUUAAAUACAACAAUAAAAAGUUGACUGCCAAUUUAUAAAUAGUUCGCUACGUGCUUCGCGAGUUGAAAUAUUUUAUGUAGCUGUUUAAAAAUAACUUUAGGAACUCGCGCCGAUACCCGUGAUCCCGUUCUAGUUAGUGAUUCCGCUGGUGCUAGUUAAAUCAAGAGUUAUAUAGUGUAUUAACUAUCAACAUGGCUCUAGCUGUAACUCGAGUGGUAUUAAAGUGCGAAGAUGCUCAAAAAACUCAAGCACUAGAUUUGUCAGAAUGUCAACUGAUGCAAGUACCUGAUGCCGUGUACCAUCUGAUGCGACACACAGAGCUCAAGAGUUGUGAUCUCAGCGGAAAUGUUAUUACUAAGAUACCUCCUAAGUUUGCAGUCAAAUUUAGCUUAAUUACAGAUUUGAACCUGUCCAACAACCAAAUGGCGAAGCUUCCGGAUGAGUUGUGUACACUUGCCUGCUUAGAGCGGCUGGACAUCUCUCACAACACAUUUGUGGCGCUCCCUCACAUCACCUUCCAGUGCCCCAGUCUGCACACAUUGCUUGCGCAUCACAAUCAGAUCAUUGAAAUCGAUGUGGACAGAUUAGCCAGAUCCCGGGCUCUAGAGUAUGUAGAUCUCAGUGACAAUCCCAUUCCUCCGCGCACUUAUGAUGAGCUGAAGCAAUUAUCGCGACCCUCAGUGUCCGUCUCAGAGAGACAGAAAGAAGACUGGGAAGAAGACCUUCUAAUAUAGGAGAGUGCAUUCUUAUGGACUUUGCAUUCAGGGCCAGGAGUUGAAGCGGCACGGUCCGACGAGACCACUUGCAGAACUAAUGAGUUUAUACUAUAGUUCUAUACACUUGGUUGCAAUAUUCAAACAAGCUAUUAUUUUCAAACUCUAGCAUAAGUGGAGGGAUUGGUGCAAUAUUAAUGUCAAUGCUUAAAACAACUGGCCCUAACUAAACUGUGAUCUUCUCUGUGAAAAGAGGACAAUAUCAACAUGAUUUGAUAGUGUAUUCUAUAUUACCUUAGUAAUUAAUGACAACAUUGUCGUGAUUCGAAAGAGAUUUGUGAGAGAUUAAUAAAUGGUUUUUACAUCUUUUGACAUGCUCAAAAGUUAGUGUACUUAAUUAGUCUAAAAGUGCAAUGGUUUGAUGUCCUUAAACUUAAGUAUGUGCUUAUAUUACAAAUGAAGCAAUUUAAAGAGUUUUAUAUAUGAAGCGUUAUAUAUUUUUGAUACAUAAGAUGGUUGGAUAGUAUUAUGUUGAUAUAUCUCAUUGUAUUGAAUACUAGUCCAUCAUUAGUUAAGAUUAUGAAUUCCAAUAGGAAUGAAAUUAUGUUGUAAGUAAAUGAUAAGUACACAAAUCUAUAUUUGCAAUAAGUACUGAAAUGUACUGUUGUUAUUAUCUACUAAUUCUUACUAUGUAAAUUGCUUGUAACUUUUCAAUGACAAUAUUUUUGUCCAAAGAUUAUUGACUGAUGAAUUAAAGAAUAUAAUUUGUA